AUGGUCUAUUUACUUGAUUAUUUCCAGCAUCGGAGGGAUUGUCAAUUCAAACAAGCAGAACGAGCCCAGCGCAUACAAAACCUUACAAGUUAUCAUGGAGCAUUUACGAAUUCAGAAAGACAAGUGCUAUCAAAACCAAUUGAAGAACUUGUUCAAGAUGUUCACAACCAAGCUAUUCAACCAAUCGAUAUCCUACGCGCCUACGGAAAAGCCGCCCUCAAAGCUCAUGAGAAAACAAAUUGUGUGACGGAAGUUAUGAUUGAUGCUGCUGAAGGUUGGACAACCGAUGGAAGUAUCGAUAUGAAAGGUCCUCUAGCAGGUAUUCCCAUAAGUCUAAAAGAUUCAAUUGUAGUCGGUGGUUUCGAUACAAGUGUGGGAUAUAGUGGCAACGUUGGCAACAAAAUAGAAAAGGAUGGGACCUUGGUGAGGAUACUAAAGGAUGCUGGAGCAAUUCCAUAUGUCAAGACGAAUCUUCCAAUUACAUUACUAAGUUUUGAAUCUACAAACGAUCUUUGGGGACGAUCCACAAACCCUCAUAACAGCAAAUAUUCACCUGGUGGAUCUACUGGAGGUGAAGCUGCUUUGUUAGCUGCUGGUGGUGGACGAAUUGGAAUUGGUUCAGAUGUUGCUGGAUCGGUUAGAGUUCCAGCUCAUUUCUCGGGAAUUUAUAGCUUGAGAUGCUCAACUGGAAGAUGGCCUAAGAAUGGGGUGUGCACUAGUAUGCCAGGUCAAGAGGGUAUUCCUAGUGUGUUUAGUCCUAUGACAAGAACUUUGGGAGAUCUCUCAUACUUCACAAAAUCUAUGAUUGGUAUGCAACCAUGGAGGUAUGAUUACAGUGUCCAUCCCAUUCCAUGGAGAGAGGAGGUAUGGAGGGAUUUCAGCGAAAAAAAGAAGUUUAGAGUCGGUGUGUUAAGAACCGAUGGAGUCGUUGAUCCAAGUCCCGCUUGUAUGAGAGCUAUGGAUGAGGUAGUAGCUACACUUGAAAAGGAUGGCCAUGAAGUUUAUGAUGUUAAUCCACCAGCUCCAUAUGAAGCACUUUACAUUGGUUCACAACUUCUCAACUCGGACGGUUGCAGGACCUUUAAAUCAUUCUUCAGAACUGGCGAGUGGGAAGAUCCAGGAGCAAAGGCAAUGAGCUGGCUUAUGUCUUUACCAAGACCAUUCAAAUGGGUGUAUUGGGCUUGGGUUAAGUAUGUCAGAAGGGACGAUAUCUGGGCUGGGUUAAUCAAAGAAUGGCAUCAAAAAUCUGCUUAUGAGCAGUGGAAAUUUGUUGCCAAGAGGGAAGCUUACAAAGCUAAGUUUCAUGCUUGGUGGGAGGAAGAAGUGAAACUUGACUUCAUGAUCACUCCACCAAAUGCAACACCAGCAGUACCUCACGACGGAAUGAAAGACGCAGUUAGCAGUUGUGGUUACACUUUCUUGUUCAAUCUUCUCGACUACACAACAGGUAUCAUGCCUAUAACCCACGUCGACAAAGAGCUCGAUCAACUUCCUUCACAUUUCUCCCUCAAAUCUCUAAAUGGGGUCGCAUAUGGUGCCUAUAAGCAUUAUGAUGCAAAUGCUAUGCAUGGACUUCCAGUCGGAAUUCAAGUAGUAGGUCAACGAUUACAGGAGGAGAAGGUACUUGCUAUUAUGCAUAGAAUCGAAAAUUUAUUGGGUGAAAAUAAAUAUGAACUUUUGGAGAUCGAUUAA